CAUUUUUCUACUCUCAAGAGCUCUCUUUAGCUUCCGACAUCUUAAAAGCUUAGUCACAUUCCAAGCUUGAGUUUGAGAAAUCAUAUUACUCUUAAGUUCAAGCUAAGAUGGAGAAGGUGAUGAGAUUGGCUUCUGAGAAGGGAGUGGUGAUGUUUAGUAGGAGCUCAUGUUGUAUGUGUUACGCGGUGAAGAUUCUUUUCCACGAACUUCGAGUGAACAUCAUGGUUCACGAGCUUGACCAUGACCCCGAAGGAAGGGAUAUGGAGAGGGCACUCAUGAGGAUGGGUUGCAGCAAGCCUGUGCCAGCGGUCUUCAUUGGUGGUAAGAUGGUGGGAUCGACGAAUGAAGUUAUGUCCCUCCAUCUCAAUGGUUCUCUUGCUCAAUUGAUCAGACCAUAUCAAUUUAUGUCUUAAAUGGUUGUUACUCUAAUACCAU